GGGCAAAUUGGAAAAUUCUGUAAUUUGCUUCCUAAAGACUGAAAUGCCAAUUAGAAAGUAAAGAACAGGAGAGUUUUAACACUUCAUUCUAUUUUCAACCAAAAAACCAGCAAAUAGGUAUAUGUAUUUAUCUGCAAGGGACCUUGCGACGACCGGAAAUGGUACAGGAUUCGUCCCCUGAAAUUUAUUUGAAAUUGGGUUUUUUAUAAGUUUUGUCAUCCUUCAGAAAUAACCUGUCUCAUUGCCUCGGUAACGACUUCACAGCUUACGAGCUCUGGAAUUUACAAAAAGGUGUUGCUUGAGGUUAAGUUUCAAAAGUCAUAGCUCGGCAAAAUUUUUAACUUAUACGAGAAAAAUUUGUGGGACAUUUCAGCGAUCUACAAUAAGUUGUUCACUUAUUCAAAACAACAAUUCUUAUAUGAGUCUGACUUCCCUGAUGACCCUUUAAUCGUAGAUGCCGAUCAUGUGAUUUACUCCAACAUAAGAUUUGAACUUUGUGGACAUUUUUGACAGUGUUUGCAUACUUUCCACCACUCAUGUCCAGACAUAUUUUGAAUAAUCAACGGUUUUGCCAGCUAUCGAUUUGGUAAUAUGGAUUUUGAAAGAAAUUGUGCAAAAAUAUGUUUUCUCUUUUUCUCUUGUAUUGUAAAUAUCUCGAAAACGCGUUGAUAUUAUAAUAAAUUUGAAAAAAAAUAGGUCGGAUUUUUACUGCCAACAAAGUGCCAAACAUUUGCCACCAAAACUAUGAAUAUUUACAUGAGUGACUUUUUGUUAUGUACCACAUGUAGCCCUUGCAAUUUAAGAUUAUUUUUUUUAGUCUUACACAAUUCUAGAACAAGACAAUUGAUGUCACAACCUCAUAGAAAAUGUUUAUUUGAGUGCACCUGUUGUACAAACCGUCAUUUUACGCAAAGACCAUUUUGAACUACUUUGAAGCAUCCAAUGAUGCUCUCAAAUAAUUUUUUUUCUAAUUCAUGUAACAUGUUACUUGUAACGAAGUUCGAACCGAACGAGUUGUUAAAUUAUUGAAUGGAUCACGUUUUGUUUCCAAAUACCGAGCAACGAUCAUACAGCCCUAUAGCUCAUGAACAAGAACACUUUUAGCAACAAAGAUAAGAUUGCAUACAGCUGUUAUUAAGUUGCAUUAGAAAUUCAUUGCGGUUCAGUUAUACACUCAGUCAGUCACCGUUGAACUGUUAAGUUGAUUUUUGUUUGCCGGUAAAACCGGAGGUUUCCGAAAUGCAGCGAUUACUGGUUCUUAUCGCAUGGCUCCCAUUAAUACCUUUGAUUGGUAUAACGCUUUUUGGAUUUGGAUGUUAUCGGUUGGUGGUUGAAUGGCUUCUGCGUAGAAAACAUGGAACAAGCUUCAAAGGACUUGUGGGCGAUAUCGAUGCGAUGUGGGACAUCGACAGAGAAGUUGACUCAGGAAUCGUGAACGCAGUGGCAUAUAUGGAGAUUCCGUCAGCAGGAGUAGCAAACUUUUCCGAUGCUGCACAUAAAAUUCGUCAAAUAAUAAUUGAACGAUUCACGGUGUUUCAUCAGGAUAAAGGUCAUCAAGUUAGAAAGUUUUUUUGGAAACGAAAUCAAGCCUUUGGGUUUUCUUACUGGACCGAGAAACAUGAUGUAAUCGUUGAGGAUUACAUUCAGAUGAUGGAAAAUGAAAGCUUUGCCGAGAAUGAUACUGUAAACCUCUCUAAAAUAUUGAAUAAAAAAAUGUUGUCGGCUGAUAAUAGCGCUCAAUGGGAGAUACUUGUCAGUACUCAGCCAAUAGUUGAUUCGAUUACCGGCGUAAUAUCGUGUAUGAUUGUAGUUCGGUUUCACCAUUCUUUGUGCGAUGGCGUAACGUUCCUACGAUUUAUCGGGGAAGAAAUCACAAAUCCCGAGGACCGUUCAUCGCCACAACCGAGAAAGCUACCGAUUGUGAAUAAAUGGAAGAAAUAUGCUUUAACGCUCUACGAAGCACCGUUUAUUAUAACAAGUUUGUUUUUGAAAAAGCUCCUUGACAACAAACUCAAAAGAAAAACUCCAAUGGCACAUAAGUACUUUGUCAGUAAACAUGUGAACACGAAUAUUUGGAACCAGUUCAGAAAUCAAGUAAAAAAAGAAGUUCCAAAUGUGCAUUAUUCCAGCAUCGUACUGACAGCUGUAUCUGCAACGUUGAACAAUUAUUUCAAAGCCAUUAAACAAACUCCAUCAGUCCUUGAAGUAGCGCUUCCCACAAUAAUGAAACCACAAAACAAAAAACUGACGUUCGAAAACACGUUUUCAUUAUUAUUACAGGAUCUUCCCAUGAAAUGCGAAAUAAACGACAGAAAUGAUUUUUUCGAAGCACUUCGCGCUAUAAACAAAACCUACCACAGUCAUCGUCAUUCUAGUCAACUUUUAAUAUUAUACGGCAUAAUGAAAAUCCUUCCGGACGUGUUACCCACAUUCGCGCUUCGAUACCUAUCCAGGCAAUUCCCCGUCACGAUGGGUGUUUCGCUGUUGGGUGAUAUACCACCGAAAUUUCAAUUCGGACCUUUCGCUUUAGAAAAAUAUUCCUUCUGGCCCCCCUCAUUCGGAACCGUAGGCAUUUCUCUGACGAUGCAGUCUUACGGCGGUCAGCUACAGUUGGGCCUUACGGCUGAUCGUAACAUUUUCCAAAGUUCGCAGGAAGGACAAGCGUUGCUGGAGGAUUUAGUGCGACAAAUCGAACGGCUGCAACAGUUGAUUUGUUAGAUCUUGCAGUUCAUAGAAACUAAUUCAGUAAUUUAAAAUAAUUCACAAACUGUGGACUGUGAUGUUAAACGAAAAAAAAAUAAAACACAAAAUUUCGUAAUUCAUUGAAAAUUGACACGCCAAUAUUUUG